AUGUUUCCUUCAAUUUUUUAUCCGUUUUUUGAGGAGAGCACCAGGGCGACUUUAUUUAUCACUCUAAAGGAAUACAACAACACAAACAGCGAGCUUUUUGAUGGAAACUGUUGUGAUGGACUCGCCGUGUCAAACAAGUGCAGUUCAGACAGAUGUGAUUACGUCAUCAGAAUAUGUGUAUCGCCAAAUGGAAAUGGGACUUGGUGUCAAUCCGCAGAAUUAAAUGCAGAUCAACCACCAGACCUUGUCUUCCUAGAUCAGACACCAAGAGAACUGCCUAUUACAGAAUGGAAGGGAAGUGCUCGUGUAGACAUCAGUAUAACAGACAUAGAUGGUCCCUUCACACAACAACUCGUCGAUCGGUUCUCGUUUAUUUACACAGAAAAAGGAAGCAAGAUUCCAAAAUCCCGGGAACUUCUAUUGAAUGGAACACGUAAAAGGCCAUCAAGACUGAGACUAUCAAUGGCGAUACAGUGCCAGACUUACUACUAUGGUGAUGAAUGUUCUGUGUUCUGUAUCCCCUCCGUGGAUUGUAAAGGUCACUAUACUUGUGACGAGAGCACCGGGGCAAAAAUCUGUGACCAGGGCUGGGAGGGCAAGGACUGUACUAGACCAAUCGGAGAUGGCAGCUGUCCAGGACAACACUGUGAGAAUGGUGGGACUUGUUCCAUGGAUAAAUUCAGCAACACAACUAACGAUGUCUUUUUCUGCUGUUGCCCUCCUGGGUAUACUGGUAACCGGUGUGAAAUCGAUCUAAAUGAAUGUAGGCAGAACCCAUGUCUGUAUGGUGGAACCUGUCGUAAUACCCCGGGGAGCUACAUCUGUAACUGCCACCCGAGAUAUCGCGGAAUGAACUGUGAAAUUCCAACAACCUGUAAGGACAAUCCAUGCCUUAAUGGAAAAUGUUCUGAUGCGGCAAACGGCACAUUUACCUGCCACUGUGGUUCAGAAUUUUCGGGAAUGUUCUGUGAAAAUGUAAUAACAACCACAAUCAAAAGCACCACUACCAAAUCCACAACAACAGAAUCCACAACAAGCACAACCACAACGACUACUCCAAGUACAACAACGCCAACGACAACUACAACAACAACAAUUACAACACCAACGAUAACACAAACUACAGAAACGUUUACAAGCACCACCACCUCUGUUGCAACAACAAAAACAUUGUCAACAACGAAACCCACAAGCACCACACUUACCACAAAGCGCAUGACGUCAAUUAUAGUCACACCAUCAUCCGGAAAGGUAUCAUAUAACUGUUCAGAGAAUGCAUGCAGGAACAAUGGUAAAUGUAUUAAUAGUGCAUGUCAGUGUUUAAUAGGGUUUUCUGGAGAGCUUUGCCAGAAGGAAGUAAUCGAAUGCCAGAAUGACACAUGUUUGAAUGGGGGAUAUUGUAAUGAUGUUGUUGGGAAUUAUUCGUGCGACUGUCUUAAUGGCUUUGCAGGGUCUAGGUGUGAAAAGCUUGCUGGUAGUAGUACAGUUUCUCCAACAGUUAAUGCAUGUAGGUUUUGUGGAAAUGGUUCUUGUUUAAUGUUGGGAAAUGGGACCGCAAUAUGUGUGUGUAAACCAGGGUUUAGCGGGAAGACUUGUGCCCAUUCCAAUACAUUAUGUCGUCCUUAUUCAGAUGCUUUAUGUUUUAGUGGCAGUCAAUGUAUGUUAAAAUCAUUUCGAACAAACACAGAAAUUUGCCCGCAUGGUUGGAGGGGCCCAAUUUGUAGAAAUGGAUCCAUUGCUUUAUCACGGGAUCUGGAGUGCCCACGAGUUGUAUGUAAGAACGACGGUCAUUGCUUUAAUGGAAGAUGCUGUUGUCGGCCUGGAUAUAAAGGAGAAUUCUGUGAGGAAGAAAUACUGCAUUGUGAUAGUAGCCCAUGUAAGAAUAAUGCAACAUGUAUAAAUAUAUACAACGAUUUUGAGUGUAACUGCAAAACGGGGUUCACUGGACGAUUUUGUGAAAUAUCUAUAUUUUAUCCGCUAUUUACCACUGCUUCACAGUCAUCUAAACUGACGACGCAUCCUUACAAACCAACUACAACUCAACAAAUAACAUUCCCAUCCUCCACCUAUUCACCAUCAAAAGAAACAUUUUCUAACAGCCCUACUACAGACUUUUCUCAUGAUGUGCAAACUGAAUCAUUAACAUCUAAAACAACAACUUCACCAGAAACAACAGAAAAACAAACAACAGGUUUAAUCAAUACUCCAACAUCGUUUCUUGCAUCAAGGAAUGUAUCAUUGAUGACAAAAGCUGCGUCAUCAACUAAGCCAGCUACUCCAACCACAACUAAUGUGUCCACCACAGUAUCAAAAACAGACUCUACAACACUUCCUCCCGGAACCACGAAACAUAUCAUAGGUACAAAUAAAACUCAGGGCCCUACAACCACUGACUCAGUGUUUGCUCGCUGUCAUGGUGAUCAAUGUUUCUUGAAUGGAACCUGCUUAAAUACUUCAUUUGGUAGAACUGAAUGUAAUUGCAUGAAAGUAGAUAUGAUGAAAAUAUUUAUAGUAGAUUGCAAGGUUGUAGAUAAUCCAAUGACAACUGUAACGUCUAGCAUAGCUUCAAGUUCGUCAUUUCAGACGACCACACCCACGGGUGUUUCCAAAACGACAUCUCAGGUAACUUCCCCCAAGACAAGUCCAACACCAAUAUUAUCAACAAUGAACUCUAAAUCCAGCCUCAGAAUUUCAUCAUCACCCGAGGUGGUUGUGACGACAGUACACUCGACCCCAUCCCAUAAUGGAGGAAAUAUGUCUGUGACACUAAGCGGAAAAAUUCCCGAUAAGGAAAUCCCAGCGGUCAAACAGGUGAUAACAAAUGCUGUCAAAAACACUUCCAAAGGUGAGAACUGUACUGACAUCAACAUCUUGGAAAAAGAGUAUCUUUACAGUAUCUCCAGAAAAGUAUACACAAAAGUCAUCUACAACAGCUCAGAUUGUCCAGACGCAUCUGACUUACAUAAAAACCCAAACCUCACACAUUCUCUAAACAACCAACUUGCCCACUCUGGUCAGCUCAGUAAUCAUGGCGUGUUCAAGGGUCAAACAACAGGACUGGGGCGAAGCUACCACGUGCCUCUGGUUGGAUACGUGUACAAUAUUUACAGAAGCGGCAUCAAGGCCGCCAUUAAACAAGCAUGGUCGAACGCAGGAAACAAGGAUGUUGAUGUUCUCAUUGUUGACGCUGCGUACAAAAUUGGAGAUUAUGGAAUAUAUAUAACGGACAUAUCAUACCUAGUUACAAGUGGCCUAAAAUUCCUACAACCUAGGCAAGAGAGCAUCCCAAAAGACCAGUCGUUUCAUAAAGAGUUCCAAACAGAAUUUCCAGAUAUGCAAGUCCUGCUGUAUUCCGGGAACGAGAGUUACGGAUAUGAAUCAGGACUUCGACUGUCUCUACAACAAAGAAAAAGGACCACCGCCCUCACCGCUGCUGAUAUCUACAAUAAAGCUCUUGCAGCAUAUAAAAACAUCCUCAAAGACAAUGGGUUCUGUCUGCAGCGAACGUGUACCAUUGGAAUGAAGCUCUCUCCAUUAGAGGAAACGCCAACAAACCCAGGAUCUGUUGAUGUCGUUCUGUUCCCAACGUUAGAUGGACAUCUCACCACAAAAUCAACAAUUCUUAAAGCACUGACGACCAAGCUAUCGACCCAUUAUCAGAUUUGUAAGGACUGUAAGAACCCACGGGUCCAUUACGUAGACGUAGCUGGGCGUGUGAAGCUCAAAGAUGAAAAUAACAUCAGAAAUGCAAUAAAUACAGUUUUUGAAACCGUUGAUACUUCCUGGUGGAAACAAUCCUUUUUAAGUACCCAAAAUUCAAUUGCCACAAGACUGUACUAUCUACCGAGUAGUCCAAAUGACACAAAGACAGAGUGGCCAAGACCAAAUAUGGAGGGAAAGUUAGACUUCAUUAACAGUUCUCUGAGUCGUUUAAACCGGAAGUUAGCAGUAAAUAGGAUGAAGCAGUUACAUCAGCUGGUACUGAAGGAAGCUGUUCCAAGAUCAGAACAAAAGCCAACUUCACACUCACUGAACACUGCGUGGGCAACAGCAAAUAAACAUGUUUUCCAGCAUGUUUUGACCACAGACAUCCAAUCAUGGAACAAUUUUUAUGUUUCCUCAAAAGGGGAACCAGUAACAUUAAUCAAGUACACAGUAACUGUAAUGAACGCCGAUUCCAGUCUAGCAGCGGUAUCCCCUCCCAGCGCCGGAGUCAUGGAGAACGUUCUAAAAUCAGUGUGUGACUGCAGAGCUUAUAAGGUUAGAAUGCUGUGGACAAAGGACAUGCAGGGAUUCAAUUCAACAAUUAUACAGAAAGCUGUAUCAAAUGCCUGGAUCAUCGCCAAUAAUGGUCUUGGUCUAAUAAUUCCAGUUAAAGUGCUCAAUACAGAAUCCGGAUAUGUCGCUGGAUCUGGAGACAAUGUACGUAUGUACACAUAUUUCGUACAGCCAAGGAAAGGGGUAACUGAAGUUGAGGAGGAAGAUUUGAACCAACCUUCUUCUGUACAGUUAGAGCAGGAACUGUCUAAACUAGUUCCCGGCUCACGUGUGUUUUCUACUGCCUCUAAAAAGUCAGAACCGGAAGGAACGGAAUGGUGGGUUUAUGUAGUUAUAGCUAUUGGAUGCCUUGCACUGAUCAUCAUAUUAGCGACGCUCCUGAUCACAGUCGUGAGAGCUAGAAAUCAUCGUCAGUCAAGAACACUAAAACAGGACCCGAAGCAGAUGAAUGGUUACGACAAAGAACAUUUUUCUAAGGAGCCAGUGAUGGAGAAGAAUUCCAAUGGUCUGUAUACUGUAGAGGAUGAAGACACAGACUAUUCCAAAACCACCUACAUCGUGAAUGAUGCUUAUACCGAGACGUACCAAGAGUAGGGCACGGAUCAAGUUUAAUAUUUAGACGUGUUCUAAUAAGUUCUUGAAAGAGGAGUGUGGCA